CCCCUGCAAACAAACUACCUUGAAGAACUCUGUCUUGGACAUGAACUGCUCUGUUUUCCUGUAUUUAUAUAAUUUUUCUCGAACCCAAUUCAGCAGAACUUAGUUCAGACCUUCCAAUUUCAACUCAGAUUUUAAACAAAUGGAUAGAUCAAGUAAUUACUUGAUGGGUCACGAGAUGCAGAGCAGUGACAGAGAAAGAAGAAGCCAGAGGAACGACGACGAUUACGAUUGUGAUGAUGAUGCUUUCUACGCGGAGAUACGAAGGCAGAUUCUGCUUAUAACAGCUGGAAAUGGUGAUGAUGAUGAUGAAAUCGACGGCAACCGGAGGCGAUGCGGGAGAAAGCGGCCGCCGACGCGUGGAGGCAGAGUACUACUGCAGGUGGCUCCAUCGGCGGGAAGAUACUUCAGCUGGUGCGAGGAAACGGAUAGGAUAUUUGGCGAUUCUUCUUCUUCUUCUUCUUUGUCGUCUUCGGUUUCGACUCCAGACUGGCUUGUGAAUCUAUGGAGUAAUAACAAAGCUAGUGGCAGUGUUGUUGGGACUGGAGUCUUCAUCCCUCAGAUUGUCAAAUCCGGAGGACGAAGCCGACCCAGGAGAAGGAGAAAUGAAGGGAACAAGAUGAAGAACAAGCACGCAGUACAGAGUGUCUGAUUAGUCUCUCUCUGGAAUUCUACAGCUCUUUCUCCUCUAUGGUUCGUUGUUCCUUUUUUGGGUUUAGAGACAAAAACUUAAUGGAGAGGACAUUCAGUUCGAAUUGGAGAUUUUGGCUUCUCUUAGUCCUCUGUAUACAAGAUUCAGUGCUUGGGUUUUGAUGUUUGGGAGUGGAGUUCAUAUAUCUAUGGAUAUAGUUGUUGUACAUAAUCGUUUUCUCUUAUAUACUGAAUUCAUUCCAUUCCAUUGAUUGAGUUGAGUAGGCACUUGUUUCACACCAUUCUGUUGUUCUCUUCAACUUUCGUUCAAGUUUCAGUUCUUCAAACUUAAGCAACGAGAAGUAACAAAAUCCGUUUAUACAUUGCUCAAUGUUAACUUUCUAUAGCAUUGGAAACAUGGACAUGACUAAAUAUUGGAUAAUUAC